AUGAUCAAGUCUAUCGCCAUCGCCUUUACCGCCGCAUCGGUCGUCCUAGCCCAGUCUUCAGCAUCCUCUGCAGCAGGAUCCCAGAGCACGUCAACAAGCCCUCUGAUUCCCAAGAACAUCAGCUCUGCUUGCACCUCGUUUCUCACGGACUUCAAUCAAGAUACUUCAUUGAACGCCUGCACGGCACCUUUGAUUAGUGCUACCAAGGCAUUCGCGCCAGGCGGCCAAUCGACCGGCUCGCCUACCAAUGCUCAAAUUGUUGCAGCGCUCAACACUUUAUGCGCUGCGGGUUCAUCGACUUGUAGCGACGACCAGAUUCGCUCCCAUUUGGCCAAUUUUUACUCGGCUUGCUCGGCUGAAUUAACAUCGCAAUCAAAUCCCGAUGUCGUCCGAACUUACGAUGUUUUGUAUAUGUUGAAGCCUCUGCAAGGCGCUCUGUGCACGAAGAAUGACAACGGCGAUUUCUGUGCAACAAAAGCCAAGUUACCUGGCUCCACUUCUGCGGCACCCAGCGGUCUUAGCAACGCCGUCGCCAACACCGGUCCAGCCCCCGUUGACUACCAGAAGUAUCUCUACUCAGAGCAGACGCUUACUCGCCGCGCCCCCACCGCUGCGCUCAUACCUAACACCACCACGUACUCAGAGAUCAACCUUCCCUUCCUCUUCCUCUCACCCGACGAUCCUACCGAAACUCUUUGCACGUCGUGCACGCGCAGCAUCCUCGUUUCGUACAUCAACUUCGAGUCCAGUGUCCCGUACGCUCCUGGUCUCGCUGCCAGCCCAAUGCUUAACAAGCAGCCCGCAUUAUAUACUGCCAUCACCGAUAAGUGUGGUAGCAACUUCCUUGGUGGCGCAGUGCAGGCUGCAGGAGGUCUCAAGGGUGGCUUUUUGGACAACGGUGCUCCUCGAGUCAUCGGUGGCGAGGCUGCCUUGUCUAUCAUGGCCAUUGUUCUGGGCGCAACUGCUGUUACCACCUCCUUCCUUUAG